GCGAUGCGAGUUACAUCGACGAUCGUCGGGGCCAUCCACACACGAGUAAAUCGGAUUUAUUGAGAAAAUAGAGUUGGCUGCAAUUUGAAAAGUAUCAUCAGCCUGGUCAGUUUGGAUUCAGAGUUAUUUGGACUUGCGACAAUGUUGUUGAGAUUUUCACUGGCUUUCUGGCUUUACUUGAAUGACAUUCUGUAUUCCCGGACCUGGUAAUGAGACACUUCAAUGCUCUAGCUGGCUUUCCUGAGAAUAAUGAAAUUCGCUGUCAUCGGGUAACGGAGGUCAAUUCCAAAAACUUCUAUCUGCUGAACUUGUCAUUUCUGUUGGAGUUUUUGCAGUGAUGCUGCUCUGACAAAUCUAUGCGUUGAGCGGUUUCGGGCAGUAUAAUCCGGAUGCGAAACUGAUAUAGGAAAGUUGUGAAAGUUUGAAUUAAGUGGAUAGAAAAGUGACAGUUUCUUUAAUUGAAGAUUAAUGUCCAAGUGAACUGUUAAUUCAAUCACGGAUCAUAGACAUUUUUUCCUCUCGCAGCUACCAGAGUACUGAACGAGUAAGGUUAUCAUCAUUUUGACAGUUGUAGCAUUUUUCUCCAAGACUAGAUAUAUAUCCAAAUACCCGAGUAAUGAAAUAGCAUCGCCCACAACUCUCACACUUCGAAACGAAAUGCAGUAGUCAGGAUUUGUCGCUUAUUGAAAAUGGCCUCUUCAUAACGAUUUACAUGGAUACAUAGCAUUUUCAGUCAUCGAGGAUAUCACUUUUGGAUAACAAGCCGAGGGCAACAGAGACAAAUUUCUUUGCAGGUUAAACCAAGUAAAAGAAGGAUGUGCCAGCGAAUUAGUGAUUUACACCAAGCACGUCUUUGAAGCCACCCACUGAAUGUUCUCUACAGCGUGAGUCGGAUAAGCAUAAUAGAGAUAUUCAAACCAAUACCACAUCAGUUGGAUUCUCCUCCGCAUCUUGGCUUCAUCUGGCCCAUAACUUCUUCGUGAACGACACAAAGAACGCCCUGAUAACCGUAAUUAUUGGGAUUUGCAGUUUCACAGACUUCAUGAAAACCCAAUUUCCUAUUGUGUCUCAACGAAUCCAUUAUAUGGUUUAGAUAAUAUCACUCCUUGAUAUAAGCGAUCAUUUUCUCUGAUAUAAACGAUCGCAAUCAAUUCAUGCCGCGGGCAUAAUUAAGUCAUUUUUUACUGUGUGGAUAACAUUCAUGUUCAUGCAGCCUUAUUUCCUCUGUGGAGGUUUUUUGAUGUGGAAAUCUGUGUGAGGUUCAGUGUGCGUCAUUCUUUCCUUGGUGUUAGUGACAGGUGGACCGUGCUCCAAGCUACACCACACAACAAGAAAAACACUCGGAUAAAAACGCUGUUGUUGUCGCUGACAACUCGAAAGUUCUAAGUUCCAUACGCGCCAAGCAUCCAUCAUUCGUCGUCUUUGAACAGAAUUGGAUGUCAUUCCCAGCCAAGAAGAAAAAAGCCACCAAAUCUAAGGGGGAUUGUCGUGAAAGCUAUCAGCUUUUAGUAUUGAUGCUCUCAAAGUUAAAAACUGAUGAUACGAUUUUUUAUAAAUAUGUUUGCAGCUCUUGAACGAAGAUGCAAGAAACGAAGGUGAGAGUAUUCUGUCGGCUCGGUCCAAGAAGUGAAUCAUAAUCAAAGGACUUUCAGUUCAAAAUGUGUUGGCUGCUUGGCAAUCGUAAGUGUGGAGUGUUUCUGGACACUUUGAUGUAUAAAUGGAGUGAGACAAGGCAAAGAUGAACGUGAAGUCGCUUCAGUAGAUUGAUUUACUCUUUUGUUGUGGAGGAGUCAGUGGUACACCGUUCGUAUUGGAACAUGACACACUGUUAGUUGAAAGUAGACGUAAGGGUGCACCCUGCUUUGUAGAGUAGGGGGAAGUGUCUACUUAAAAUGUCGAAACAUUCGUUCUUUACAACUCUGCUGGGAUUUAUAAUACGAACUUGUAUUACAGCCUGGAUUCUGCUGUGUUCACAGAAGACGACUUCAUUGGCAAGCAUAUAUUCCAAGGAUUCUUUGUAUAUUGCGGGAUUCUUUCCCAUGACUUCAACUCCUGAUGGUCUGAAUGAAGAGAAGCUUGGAAGAGGCGUGCAGCCGGCUUGGGAACUUGCUCUUGAGGAUGUUAAUGCAGAUGACAACAUUCUAAAGGAUUACAAACUAGAGAUGAGAUGGAAUGACACAAAGUGCGAUAUGGCUUAUGGUACCAAACAGUUUUUUAACUUGAUGCACAACAUACCUCCGAAAGUGAUGUUAUUUGGGCCUGCGUGUUCUGGAGUCACAGGGCCUAUUGCUGAAAUGUCACGAUGGUGGAACAUCAGACAGCUUUCUUAUGCAGACACAAACCCAGAAUUAAAUGACCGAACGAAGUACCCCAAUCUUUUCCGCACCGUGCCUAGUGAGAACGAUUUUAACCCAGCCCGCCUGUCUUUACUUCAAACAUUCCAUUGGAGCCGAGUGGCUACACUCUAUCAGGAUGCCAGCACAAAAGGAUCUGGGAGAUUUGCUUAUGCGCAUAAUGCCCUCACCAAACUCCUUGAUGAGAAUGGCAUCAACGCAACCACCAAGGGCUUCACCAGUGACCCUGCGCCAGUGCUCAAGCAGUUCCAGAAACAAGACAUGAGGAUAUUUAUUGGAAACUUUGAUGAGACGAUGGCCAGACGGGUGUUUUGUGAGGCGUACAAGCUCAGUCUGUUCGGCCCGAAACAUGUGUGGAUGGUGCUAGGCUGGUGGAAGGAUGACUGGUGGAAGGUCCAGGACGUCGACUGUACCUUAGGACAGAUGAUGGAAGCAAUCGAUGGCUACUUCGCCACAGAUAUACUGCAGCUGAGUACUUCUCCCUUGAAGACAAUAGCAGGGAAGACUGCCUCUGGCUACAAGAAAAGGUAUGACAGGCGAAGAGGAGAGGAGUACAGCAAGUACCACGGGUAUGCCUACGAUGGUAUCUGGGUGAUUGCCAAGGCACUGGACACCAUCAUACGCCAGCAAGAUGGCAACUCGACGCUCGAGGAUGAUCUCAGAACUGUAAUAAUCCACCAGGCGUUAAAUGAGACCGAUUUUCGGGGCGUGACGGGUCAAAUCCAGUUCCUCAACGGUGAUAGGCUUGGGGAAAUAGCUGUCUUACAAUUCCAAGGAGAUUCCAAAAACUUACAGGGUGUCAUGAAGAAAGUUGGUGAAUUCCAUGCAAUUACCAAAAGGUUAUUUUUAUAUGAGAGCAGUCCAAUCAAGUGGAGAGGAAAUCAGCCCCCUCUCGACCGAUUGUACAUGGAUGAAGAGCUGGAGCGUGUUCAGCUUCCCAUCUAUAUCAUUCUCGGUAUCCUAUCUGGCCUGGGAAUAAUCUUUGCCAUAUGCUUGAUAUACGUUAAUGUGAGAUUUAGAAAACAUAGGUACAUCAAGAUGUCAAGCCCGCAGAUGAACAACUUGAUCAUCGUCGGGUGUAUCCUCAGUUACUUCAGUGUCUUCCUGUUGGGGGUCGAUGGUGGCCUGGUACACCCCGACCUCUUCCCAAUCAUCUGUGUGGCUCGCUCGUGGAUAUUAGCAAUUGGGUUCACAUUUUCAUUCGGUGCCAUGUUCAGCAAAACGUGGAGGGUCCAUGCUAUAUUCACAAAUAUAAAAAUGAAUAAAAAGGUCAUCAAAGAUUACAAGUUAAUGUUGAUGGUGUGUGUACUGCUCCUGCUGGACUUAUCCAUACUAGUAGCUUGGCAGAUCGUCGACCCUUUGCGCAGAAAAACCAAGAAAAUGCCUCUCAGGAUUCUGACACCAGAUGGAGAUAGAGCCGUGGUGCCUCUGCUCGAGUAUUGUCAUAGCCAGUACAUGACUGUGUGGAUGGGUGCUAUCUAUGCAUAUAAAGGAUUAUUACUUGUAUUCGGUUGCUUCCUAGCGUGGGAAACGCGUCAUGUCAGUAUCCCUGCCCUCAACGAUUCAAAGUACAUAGGGAUGAGUGUAUAUAACACGGUGAUCAUGUGUAUAGCUGGUGCAGCAGUGUCAGUCGUGAUCCAGAACCAACUCAAUGCCUCUUUCACCAUCAUCGGACUCUUCAUCAUUUUUUGUACUUCCAUUACAUUAUGCCUAGUUUUUUUACCAAAGUUAAUACAAAUACGCAAAGAUCCUAAAGGAGAGGAGCGGCGACUCCGGGCCACGAUAAAGAAAGUUUCUAAAAAAGAUAGCAAUACGUUCAAUGAUCUCCAUCAAAACAUACGGAAUUUAACGGAUGAAAGCAUCCGCUUAAAGAAAGUUUUAGAAGAGAAAAUGCGUAUAUUACAAGAGCUCAUGGAACAGUUAGGUGAAGAUGCUCUAGUAGAUGGUGUUGAUGGUCGCUCCCCAAUGCAUAAGUCUGUGAUGGCAUUGAAAACUGCUAAUAACACUUCUCCAGCUCACCAGUAUCACAUUUCUCAAGGUUCCUUAUACCCUGAAGAUACUGACUCUAUGUUCUCUUCGUCAAGCGUCACCAAUCUGUGGCCUGUGGAUUCGUCCAGUCCUCACAGGCUUUACAUCUCAUCUCGUGAGAGAACCUCCAGUAUCAUCACAGAGAAUAUAGAAAUGUCAGAAAUAGGAAAGAAGCCGUCCUCCCUGUCCAGCCGGUCCUCCGACAAAGAUGCCAUGAAGAGAUACAGCAAGGUCUAUUUUGAUCUAGAUACCUCGGAUGAGGACCCAGUCAUGGAGAGCACUCCUCUCAAAGACAGAGCAAUAGCCAUGAUAUGUAACUCGAGCCGCACUCCUUCCUACACUGGCCUCAAGUACCUGGCCGACCCGACCCUCCGCGAGACCGCCAUUCUCCACGACUCGGACACAUGCAGUUACCACAGUCUUCCAGGUUUGCUGAUUCUCAUCCAUCCCCAGGAAAAGUUUGGAUUCAUUUCAAAUGUAACACUCGGGUUUUUUUUACUCCAUGAGACCUGUAACCUGGCUAGUGCAGACAAUGUAUGAGCCUUGACGCCUAUCAAACUAUGAAGUGGAUGAUUGCAUUACUUCAAAAUAGUACGGACAGUUGUCAUGAUUGUAUGACGACGUAGAUGAACCUUUGGACAAAGUAGCUGUACAUUUUUAUUAAAAAAAGAAAAUGAUCUGGCACAGGUCUCAUGGAUGCAUCGACGACUGAUAGUGGGGAUGGGGAGCCUCGAGAAGGCAGAUCUCGUGGACGCAUC